GAUGAUGUUGUUCGGGUGAGGGAGCACGCAAUUCUGGGGCAGAUCGAGCGGGAGACUUCGGCGAUGUGGGCAAGUCACGUGCGUGAGGAAGAUGCCAAGUGGUAGAUACAAUGGCGACGUCUCUGCCAGCAAAAUGUGGAGUAGCAGGCUCGAAGGCGGAAUGGUUAUGUCUGGGGAUGUCAAAGGCAAGGAGGAUGAGGUCGAGGCGAGGUGGGAAUUGACUUUGACACUUGGUUGUAACGUUGCAGUACCUGGUACUUCGUGCGCAGGUAACCCUGCCCAAGGGCGAUCAUUCCGAGACGUACUCCUUUCACACCGACACACGACAUCUUGACAACCUGGAGAGAGCACGAUAGCACUGCAUAGCUUAGCUUCGUCACUCAUUCCGCGUGUUUCCAAGACCAAAUUCAUCGCCAUGGCCAGUGGCCAACACAGCACGGUCAUCGAACAGCUGGUCGUCCUGACCUAUUCAAUCUGGAAAGAUCAACGAGUACAGACACUCACCUCUCUAACCGGCACAGCCCUGCUGCUCUAUGUCGCCUAUCACGCCGUCCUGACGCUAUGGUUCUGGAUCAAGCCCGGAGGCAUUCUGAUCUACUGCCACUCCGAGACAGGGUCCUGGGCGCUGGUGACGGGCGCGAGUGAUGGAAUCGGACAAGCUUUCAGCGACGAUCUGCUGAAGCGAGGCUUCAACGUUCUACUCCAUGGCCGCAACCCGCAGAAACUCGAUGGCGUUCGCAAGAAGCUUGCCCAGAAGUACCCUCGGCGGUCUGUCGACAUAGUAGUGGCGGAUGCCUCGAAGGUGGAUGAGAGCUACAAAGUGGUGGCUGAGAAGGUGAAGCAGCUGCCGGGCAAGCUCACCAUUCUCGUGAACAACGUGGGAGGGGUCAGCACGUACCCGCAAUACGUGCCUCACGCCGAGAUGGCGCACGAGAACAUUGAUACGCUGCUGAACAUCAAUCUGCGCUUCCCGACACAACUAACAGCGGCCCUCCUCCCCACCUUGAAGGCGAAUGCACCGGCUGCAAUCCUCAACUGCGGCUCUAUGGGAGGCCUGAUGGCAAUGCCGUACAUCAUCACCUACGCCGCCACCAAAGCAUACAUCCGACACUUCACGGAAUGCCUCCGAACGGAGAUGAUCGCCGAGGGCACGACCAACGUUGAGGUGAUGGGGUGGAGCAUUGGCAACGUCGAAUCGAACAGCAACCGAUUUCAGAUUGCGGGGACGGCGACGAGCGAGGAGUGUGCGAUCGCCAGCCUGGACCGGGUGGGGUGCGGGCGAGGCUUUACGUUCCCCAGAUGGUUGGAUUUUGUGCAGGCCCGGGGGGCACAAAUGCUGCCCGAGAGGCUGGUUCGGAAGAUCACCAUCGCGGAGAUGUCAAAUAGGAGAAUUGCGGAGCAGAAGAGCUUGUGAGGAGUGGUACUUGGGUCGGUGAGGGACUUGUUGACUGCAAGCGAGCUGGAAGGUUGAUCAAGCCAGAGUCUAAUGGUUUCCGG